AUGACGUCAGCUGCCAAGGUAUAUUACAAUCAGACCACUCAGACAGAAAGCCGGCCCCUGAUGGGCCCAGGGAUACGACGGCGGAGAGUCCUGACAAAAGAUGGUCGCAGCAACGUGAGAAUGGAGCAUAUUGCUGACAAGCGCUUCCUCUACCUCAAGGACCUAUGGACAACCUUCAUUGACAUGCAGUGGCGCUACAAGCUUCUGCUCUUCUCUGCCACCUUUGCAGGCACCUGGUUCCUCUUUGGUGUGGUGUGGUAUCUGGUAGCUGUGGCACAUGGGGACCUGCUGGAGUUGGGACCCCCGGCCAACCACACCCCCUGUGUGGUACAGGUGCACACGCUCACCGGAGCCUUCCUCUUCUCCCUUGAAUCCCAGACGACCAUUGGCUAUGGCUUCCGCUACAUCAGUGAGGAGUGCCCCCUGGCCAUCGUGCUUCUUAUCGCCCAGCUGGUACUCACCACCAUCCUGGAAAUCUUUAUCACUGGUACCUUCCUGGCGAAGAUUGCACGGCCCAAGAAGCGGGCCGAGACCAUCCGUUUCAGCCAGCAUGCAGUUGUAGCCUCCCACAAUGGGAAGCCCUGCCUUAUGAUCCGAGUUGCCAAUAUGCGUAAAAGCCUCCUCAUUGGCUGCCAGGUGACAGGCAAACUACUUCAGACCCACCAGACCAAGGAGGGUGAGAACAUCCGACUCAACCAGGUCAAUGUGACUUUCCAAGUAGACACGGCCUCUGACAGUCCCUUCCUCAUUCUACCCCUUACCUUCUACCAUGUGGUAGAUGAGACCAGUCCAUUGAAAGACCUCCCUCUUCGCAGUGGUGAGGGUGACUUUGAGCUGGUGCUGAUCCUAAGUGGGACAGUGGAGUCCACCAGUGCUACCUGCCAGGUGCGCACUUCUUACCUGCCAGAGGAAAUCCUUUGGGGCUAUGAGUUCACACCUGCUAUCUCACUGUCCGCCAGUGGCAAAUACAUAGCUGAUUUCAGCCUGUUCGACCAAGUUGUGAAAGUGGCUCCCCCUAGUGGCCUCCGUGACAGCACCGUUCGGUUCGGAGACCCAGAAAAACUCAAAUUGGAGGAGUCCUUGAGGGAGCAAGCUGAGAAGGAGAGCAGUGCUCUUAGUGUGCGCAUUAGCAACGUCUGA